AUGAAGUUCCCUAUCACGGUCCUUCUAACAUUAUUACACUACCAGACCAUCGCCAACGCCGCAGCCAUGACCCCAUCAAGACCACCUUCGCCUCCACUCUCCAUCACCAAAAGAACAGCCAAUGUCUCAUCUGGUGCUGAUCCACGUAUGCCCGACGGAGCUUGGGACUCGCAUCUUCACAUCAUGGAUCCUGUGCGCUAUCCCCCAUUGGAGGAUAUUCCCUAUACACCUGCUGUCCAUAACGCCUGGGACAAUGCCAUCUUUGAGCAUAGCAUUGGCUGCCAACACGCCUUUUACGUACAAACUGCUACUCGUGGCUACGACUUGACCUUGAUGCUGGAUUCCAUGCGUGCUGUGGGGAACAACCGCGCUCUGGGACUCGCACUGUUUGACCCUAACACCACGAACCACGAGCAUAUUCGUAGGUGGGACGGCGAGGGCAUUCGAGCUGUGAGAGUUAACCUGGUUACUUAUGGCGACAACACGCCAAUUGAUGAGCUGAAGGAGACCAUCAGCAAAUAUGUCGAGCUCAUCAAGCCAUUUGACUGGGUUCUACAGCUGUACACAAAGAUGGAGCGCAUCAUUGAGAUGGAGGACUUUCUGCCCACGCUCGGCGUUCGUGUUGUCUUUGACCACUACGGCGAUCCCACACUACCAAAGUCCAAGGAACCCGUUGAUCCCUACAAGAUCAAAGGUUUCGAGUCCCUUGUACGCCUCCUCAAGAAUGGAACAACCUAUGUCAAGAUCUCGGGCGCCUACCGUCUCAGUCAUCUUGAGUCCAAUAAGUGGGAGGAUCUUGACCCUGUGACACUAGAGCUCUUUGAGCAAGCGCCGGAAAGAGUCGUCUUUGGUUCAGAUUGGCCUCACACUCGAUUUGAAGGGUUGGAUGUCAAGCCCUGGGUGUCUCAUCUGCUUGAUUUGACAGAAGGAAACCAGUGGCUGCGAGAGAGAUUGUUCAGAGAGAAUGCCUUGGAAUUAUGGGGCGUUAAUAAGAGGAAGACAGUUGGACCUUGA